AUGUUGCACAGGUGUCACAAUUUCUUCUAAAAAAAGAGAAAAGCACAAGAGAAAAAGUGUAAAUACGAACGUUUUCCUCCGAAAAAAAGAGUAUCACCAAGCUUGUUGCAAUCAAGAUUCAAUGCUAAAACUGUCCCCGGGUAGGCGUGGAAUCGGGCCACGUCGGAGAUAAGACGUGGAGAAGCAACAGCACAUUAUUCUGCGGGCGAUAAGAAAGCAGACCACAACAUCUAUACGCAUACAUUGGCUCAGGCCAGGAGGCAGAAGGGUGACGAAAGCAGACGACAGUGAAAGCAUCCGCCCGCCUUGGUGUCACUGGCAUCGAGCGACGAAAGGCAAGAAAACACCAACACCACCGCUGUCGUCGUGUGGCAAAACUGUCCCGGACGGGGUGUGAUCCGCCGACGGCGGGACGUCCGGCACCAUGUACUGCCUGCAGUGUCUCAUCCCGGUGCUGCUGAUUCCCAAGCCGACGAACCCGGCCCUGAUGCAGACGCAUGUGAUGUUUAUCGUGCUCUAUCUGAUCGGCUUCUUUCUCGAGCGCAAACCGUGCACCAUCUGCAGCCUGGUGUUUCUAAUGGCCGUGUUCCUGAUCUGCAACAGUGGCGUCGGCAACUGCCUGUUCUGGGGCAACUGCGAGGGCCACACGUGCGACAACGGCUAAUCGAACCGGACGCGGACAAGUCGAAGACGCGUGAGCUGAUGCGCUGAUUUAGACAAAUGCGUGUUAAUUGUGAGGGUGCACGAGGAGAUGAAAACGAAGCGAGACAGAAAUCUUAAAAGCGUUAAAAGCGCCAGCACCAUGUUUAGAUAAAAUAAUUCUGUUUUUUUUCGUUUUAGAAGUUGAGUUUGGAAUUGUUUAGUAAAAAUUUUGCCUUACGAUUGGA